AUCAAUUUCAUUGCAUUUGCCUAAAUGUGUUUGUACGUGGUAAUUACUGGAAACAGUUGGAAGUGAAACAGAUAAAAGAACGUAAGACUAUUGUUGUUGUGUAAGACUUUGUGGUCAACUCUUGCAAAUUAAAAUUUUGAUAAAACCUUAAAUUUAAAUCUAAAAAAAAACUCAUGCCAAGUGAACUAAAACAGUGUUAAGUCCAUCAGCAUUAUCCAGCAGCCAUCGUAUAUUACCCUAAAACACGCAUAUUCGUUGGAGUUGGGGAUUAAAUCUUAUCAACCUCACCCCCCUGAAAGGCCUUUCAUCGUGGGAGCUCCAGCAAACCAAAAAACAUGAAGGAUAUUCCUAAACCGCAAUGGUCACUAGAAACUGAUGAAAAUACGGAUAAUGAUGGUGCUACUAGUACCUCAUUCAGUUUAGAGGAAUGCAUGAAUGAAUUUCGAGCUCGACGGAUACGUCGUGUAUCUUCUCACAGUCGUCAAGGGGAAGGCACCAAACAUUUCGUAGAAAAACAACAUGAUAACUCCGAUAAGGAUUUAAUCAAUCAAAAUUUAUCCAACAAGAAACAAGAACGAAGGUCUAAGCCAUGUAAAGAUGGAUUCUGUUAUUGCUUUACCAGCGACAGUGGUGAUGGUGGCGUUCCGGAAUCGUUUUAUCGUAAAGAUGUGCGUGGCCCAGGACGAUUUGCUAAGAUAAGCUCGGAAUGUCAUAAGACCUUUGACACUAAACCGAGUAAAGGAAACAAAAUUCCAAGAAGCACCAAAGUGGGCGACUCUCAUCUGAAAAAGGGACUUCGGAUAUCAAACGUUCGCAAUAUUUCAGCGAUUAGCCGCUUGGAAACAACUAGCAAUGAUGCUCCUCUUAUACAUAUAAUACAAGAGUUCCGUGAUAAUUGUGUUGUCUCUGAGGUCAGAAUCAAUAAGAAUAAAUUAAAUACCAAAUGUCAGAAAGACGAGUCCAAAUACGAUACCGUCUCCAAUAAUUUUUCGGAAAGAUACGACAAAAGUGUGCAGGAAAAACCAUAUAAUUUGCCCCAAUCAGAACUUGCGAUACCACAUACUCCAAGUGCGCCACCUCUAGAUAAUAUAUCAGAAGAAUAUACGUAUAACGCUGAAAAACCUGCCAUAGAAAAACUGCAUAAGUCAGGUGGUCGGCUACUUCUGAAGCGUUUAUCUAUUUCAAACGCUAAGUUUGAACAUCGUGAAUUCAAAGAUCCUCCACCAAAGCCUCCAAGAAGUUCACUUAGUGUAGAUGAAAAGUCCUCAAAAUCUAGUUAUUCCACAUCAUCUUCAGUAAGAAAAGCUGAGAGUAUUUUAGACGAUUUUUUAGCGAGUAGAAGAUUUCAAAAUGAGAGAACAGGCGAUGCAAAUCAUACACUUUUAUAUCACCAAACACAAUCAAAACAAACCACGACAAACGAACAAAGGACUUGUUUGGAAAAAGGAAAGCGGAGAUCGUAUCCAUUGGCUUCGGAAGAACUGUCGUCUUGUGCUAAGCAGGUAUUAGCUACGUAUCCAUCUCUGUGUGAUUUGGAAGGCGCUAUUCAUUACAAAAAUGCUACUUACAGCAAAAAUUUGAGGGACAUAGAUGAUGAGAAUGUAAAGAUACAAGAAAAAGAUAAAAAAAUUAACUAUAUGUUAAAUUACGAACUAAACAGAAAUGAAAACAAUUUCCGAAGCACAUCCACGCGUGCCGAGCCACAAAAAAGUUCGCAAAGUGUAGGUUGGCGUAUAUCUCCAAAGGUUGAUAUAGAUACUGUAGAUGGAAUUGGUCGACAUAAUAUUGCCUCAUGUAUAGACAUAAAAAAAACACCAAUUAAAGCGGAAGCAAUUCAAACGAAAAAUUGCAAACGAACAUCUCACAUGCAAAAGUUCGUAUGGCCUGAGCAUUUCCGCAAUUUUUCGCCUUGGUCAACAAAAAAAGACAUUUCCUCCGAGUCUCAAAACAUUGACGUUCGCUUAAGCUCUAAAAACUUUUUUAAAUCGUCAAAAAGAAGAAUAUUGCGGUUGGUUUCUCCCAAAAAAGAUAACAAGCAGAAUUUAAAUUAUGAAAUACUUAAACCUCUCUACCGUAAUGUUGCUGUGCAAACGGAAUACGAAGGAUUUGACCGGUUAUCGCCACCAGGAAGCUAUCACUCACCAAUGCAGUCGUCUUUGCCACAUACUUCGUACUGCAGUGAAUCGCAAAACAUUACAACUAAUGAAAUUGAUUGUAGCGAUAUUAAUUUUGAUUUUACCCGCCAUGUUAAUUCACCACCAAAGAAGCCAACGCGAUCCAGCCAACGAAAACUGAAUUUCCCCUUAAACUGUUCCAAUACAAGCAAAUCAAAAAAUGAGAAUUUUAAAGAAGAGAAGAAAACGUACAAAUCCUUUAACGAUGAAUUGGACAAAGAUGUAUCCCUCUCUAAAAUGGGUUAUAUUCUCAGUACUAUUCGUGCAAAAUUGGAAGCAAGAGAUGAUUAUGCAAUUAGAACAUUCCGGGAUCUUGGCUAUACACAACAAACUAACCUUCCAGGGGUUGGUUCCCAAACAGAGUGUUCACAUGGCGUUAAUUGCAACAACGAACCUAUAUAUUCCGAAAUAGAGGAUGAUAGCUUGCAUGUUUUGGAAAGCCCCAAUUUGGAGAACAGUACUGGCAUACAACACUUUAAUUUAAAGGACAACCCAAAUGUAUUGUAUGCUCUAGUUGAUAAGUCUAAUAAGAAUAGUCAAUCAAACAACUGUCAGCAGCAAUAUUCUGGUUAUUUGGAACAAAUACAACAUGAUUCACUUAAGGCGAAACGAAAUACGCAGAAAAUACCAACAUUAUCGCCACUACCGGAACCAUCUGGUGGUGAAGUAACCUCAUAUUCAUCUCCUUCGUUAUUUGAAAGUCAGUUAAUGGACUAUAAGUCGCUGAACAAUGUCCGUGUAAUGGAGAACCAUUCACCUCCCAAGAGACAAAGAAAUCUUAGUAAAUCCGAUUUGUCUUUGCAUCGUAGCGAAUUUUUUCUUGACAACUUGUGCCGAAGUCACGCUAUCCUUGAUAGUCAUAGCUUUUGCAUAGGAGAACAAAAUUUACAGAAGAUUGAAAACAACAAUCCAAGGUUACCAAGUUUGCAUGGUGGACAAACAUCAUCUAAAGACACUCCCGAAGAAAAUGAAGGUUAUAUCGCGCAUAACGAUGCAGUGUCUUAUGAAUUGCCAGCCGAGGAAGUAUACCAUAUAAGUGAUCCGGAUUCUGUAGAUUCGGUAAACGUGUGUAACACUAUAUCUCCACCUUUAUCAAACAAUCAAAGUACUCCGAAGAAACCAUCAUUUACAUCAAAGGAAAAAACAUGUGCUUUAGUUGAGGUUGUGAAAUGUCCGAAAAUGGAACACUUAAGCAGCAGCUGUCCAAAUACUCCUAACAAAUUAAUCGAAAUGAAAACGCCAAAAAAUAAUAGCAUCUGCAGUUUUGAUACAGUUUUAGAUACUAAGUCGAAUUCAACGAAUUCGCAAUCAUCUAAAGUGCUUCCCAGUUUAAGAAGUGCCCUUAACAAAUCACUUCGAAAAAGCAAAGAUUUCAUAAAGAGAGAGACAAGAAAGAUUCCGAAAUCCUUGAGUUUUAAGAGAUCUCAAUCUGAAGAUUUUGCAAAUAAGUGCAAAAAUAAAACAUAUUGUCGAAAUCUGACAGUAGGCACCAGCAUUGAUUUGGAUCAUUUAUUAUCAGUUAGCCAAAGUCCCUCAAUUUGUGACCAAUUAGUACACGUAGUAAAUAUUUGUCGAAGUUUGCCGGAAUCAAAAAUUUCUUCUGAAAUGGUGGAAGCUGAACGAUUGCUACUCUUUUCAACAUUGCGCCGCGAAAGUCAAGGAAUAUCAUGGCCGAAUCACUUCAACCGAGAGAUUGAAUCCUCCACAAAAAAAUAUAUAUUUAUAGACGAAAUGCUUUUGCCUAUCCGAGAAGAUCCCACACGAGAUAUAUUUUUUAAUUAUUUUUACAUUGUUACGUUCGAAUGUGGUGGCAUAAUUCGCUCUUCUCAGUCUGCUGAAUGCCAAAAUGGUCUGGCGAUUUUUCGUGAUUGUGGGAUCGAAUUCAUGUUGCAUUCGGAUAAAAUUAAAGAACACGAAACAGCAGUAAAAUGUAAAAUAUUUAUGUUGCGUUUAAGAAAAGUGUCUUGUCUCACAACCGAAACCAAUAAAAUGAAAUUUAAAGAAUUAAAAGGAUCUUCCUCCUGCAAAUCAUCGUCAUCGUCAAUUGAUAUUGUUUCAAGGUUCCGUUUCCAAGCUUCAUUUACCUUAACCACUAAAGAUUUUAUUCCAUUUAAUAUUGUAUCACACGAAUCUAUCAUGUCAGAUCGCAUCUAUUUAAGAUCAAGUAAAGCAUGCAACAUAGUUCUAUCUUCAUCUUCUACUUCAUCCAAUUUACUGGAAGAGAUACAAGUGAAAGGCCGUUCUGAAUUACGUAUUCCAACAAAUAUUUAUGCGGGCUACUUAAAUGUUGAGGAUCCGAACGUAAAACAUAACUGGAAUCGACGCUGGUGUACAUUGGACGGUAUUCGUAUGCAGAUAUGGCGGGAUGAGAAUGUAUUGAAUGAAGUGCCCCUGUCACGUUUGUAUCUAAAAGCUAAUAAGGAUGUAAUAGGGCCUGCCCCUAGAAAUCAGUGCGCACGUCCACGUUCAUUUUACAUAACAUGCACAAUACCCGAAUUGAAGGCAAAUGCUACAGAGAGGAAUAUAUUUUUCGCUGCUGAUACACAAGACGACUUAAAUGAGUGGCUAAUAAAUAUAAAUCGGACUUUAUCAUUAAUAAAUUUUUGGUUAUAUGAAAGACAAUAAUUAAAACUAUUUUGCGUUGUAAUUAUACAUUUUGUUAUAUACUAAAAGUUUUUAAUCGUUCAAAUUUGUAUUGCAAGACGUAUAUGCAACAUCUAUUAACAAAACCAUUUGUCUUUUAUAUUAGAUUAAAAUAAAUGAGGUAUAUAUAAGGUUAAAAACAUUGACUUACAAAAUGUUUGUUGUAGUUUCAGCAUUCCCCCGGAACGGUGCAACACAAAACACACGUACAGAAC